CUCUACUCUAGCCCUGCUCUUGGCAUAAUGCAAAUCGAAUUGCUCCGAUCGUUUUUUCUGUCUCCGAACGAAGCAAUCUACUUCUGUCUCCAAACGAAUCAAUCUACUUGUGUCUCCAACGAAUCGCAGUCGAAACAAACUCGGAAAACAUUUUUUUCUCAAGAGACGAUAGUCGCGACAAUUUUUUUCCAAAAAGUCCUAAAGCCACGACCGAAUCCAAUUUCUUGAAAUUAAGAGCAUUAUCUCAAAAAAACGUAGUGGCGCUUUUGUUUUUUUCAGCAAAAUAAACGAAUAUUUGUUCUGAGAAGCACAGAUCUGACAACCUUGUUCAACAUCGCAACAGUAGUUCUCACCACUCUGCAAAGAUGUUGAUCGAUCAGGCCGCUCCGGAUUUCACCUGCCUGGCUUGCAUGCCGGACAACAGUUUUCAGGAGGUGACGCUGUCCAGUUACAAGGGGAAGUAUGUGAUUGUCUUCUUCUGGCCCGCGGACUUUACCUUCGUGUGCGCCUCCGAGGUGCCGGGCUUCAACAAGCUGCUCCCGGAGUUCCAGAAGCGCGGAUGCGAAAUCUUGGGCGUCUCCACGGACACCCACCACGCACACAAGGGGUGGAAGCUGCUGCCCAAGGAGCUCGGAGGACUCGGCUGUGACAUCCAGUACUAAAAAUUUUUGACCUCUGCUUAAGAUAUUUUUUUUAUGGCAUGGUAUAAAGAAGCGCCCUUAAUGAUGCCUGCUCGAAAAAAAAGAUAAAAGAUCUGCCUUGAUGAACUAUGGUUGUGGAGUGCACCAGCCAAAGGCAUAGCGAAGCAGCAGUGGUGGUGGACAAAAAAAAAUGAUGCAACGAAUUUUAUGUGAAAACCCUUGUCACAGGUAUCCCAUGAUCGGGGACAAAACGAAGGAGAUCGCCGCCGCCUACGACGUUUUGCAGGGUGAUGGCCUCUGCGCCCGGGGUGUGUUCCUCAUCGACAAGGAGGGCAUCGUCCGUGCGGAGAGCAAGAACUGCGAUCCCCUGGGCCGUAUUUGAAUUUAUUAGAUUUAGGCUUAGCUCCUGUUGACUGGCAUAUUGCAUAACAGAUAGACCGUUCAUCUGUGUGGUUUUUUUCAGUAUGGCAAACUCCAUUUUUUGUCCAACAUCUUGUGAGAAAUUUAGACGAAUGUCGUAGUUCCUCCCGGUGCGAGAGCGAUGCUUUUGCGAAACAACUGAAAAAUAUAUGAACUGCAAAAGUAUCGUACUCGUAUAAAUGCAUUACAAAUUUCCUCAGCAUGAGAAAUGCAUUUUGUAUAUGCGAACUUGCCUUAAGAAAAAAAUUUGUAAUGCGUGACUGCAUCACAACUACAGGCAACUUGGACGAGCCGCUGCGUCUGUUGGACGCGUUGCAGUUCCACGAGAAGUCCAUAUCAAAUGUAAAAAUGUCUGGGUCUGGAAGAAUCUAAACUUGUGAUGCUGUCUCUGGAUUCGAAAAACAUUUGUAUUGCAUGACCAGUAAGAGGAGUAGAUUUUGUGCUCCACGGAGAUGGCAUUUGUCAUGCGGAAUAGGUAUGAGGAAGCGCUCUAAAAAUCUGUGAUGCUACGGCAUGCAUCACAGACAUCAUGGGUCAUGGAAAUAUGCAUGACAAAUCUAGAAAUGUUCCAGACCCAGACACUGUUACACUUGAUAGUCCAUUGCGGAGGGCAAGAAGCAGGUGUGCCCGGCCCAGUGGAAGUUGGGCAAGAAGGGGCUCACCCCCACCAUGGAGGGUGUGGGCGAGUUUAACAAGGAGGGAGGCGUCGACAACUACAUCGCCUAAGGAAGAAGAUCAUUAGACACUGCUAAAUAGUAUUUAUUUUUCGCCCUACACUAAUGCAGAGUGCUACAGUGUGUGCGUUUUUGGUCCCCUCUGAACGACGUGUGUGAGUGUGAGGCCCACACCCAAGUCCGGAAAAACCUAGCCUCAUAACAGCCGCGCCCUUAAGGUAUAGAUCAACUGUUCGCCAUAGAGGAUCGGCGUUCAGCUGCUCUCGGGCUGGAGGAGGGAGUAGCACGCAGCAGUCCGCUAAAGGGCACACUGCCAACAUCAUCAUCAGAAUAAGGUAACAAGGAGCCUGGACGUGACCGGGGGGGUCACGUCCGGCCGGCCGGACGGACGGCACGUGACCGGGGGUCGGUCGUGGCGCGCGGACGUGGUGGCCGCUGCGACGCGCGCGCCCGGGCAACUUAAAAAAAAAAGGUCAUGAGCUCGGCAUGUCACUGAAGAAGCGCCUCUGUUGGCCACGCUCCGCCCCCCGGUCACGCCGCCGGGGGCCGUCAGCUAGAUCGGGCGCCCAACUAAAAAAAAAAAAGGUCAUGAGUUCGGCCUUCACGAAAAAAGGGCGCGAAUCCUCCCAAUGCUCCGGCCCCGGUCGCGAGGCCGAGGCCGGCGGUUGUCUUGCUCCAGCGGCCACCACGUCCGCGCGCCACGACCGACCCCCGGUCACGUGCCGUCCGUCCGGCCGGACGGACGGACGUGACCCCCCCGGUCACGUCUAAGCUCCUUGUUACCUUAUUCUUACAAUUGAAUCGAAAGCUUUUAUGGAUUUACCUUUAUGCGGACCAACACAAGUAAUGAUCAAUCAACACAGGUUGUUUCAGAAGUCCAUUCGCGCUAGCAGACUUCUGGGAGUGAAACAGUUAUUUUACCCAGUAGCUGCAACUCUCAUCUCUGGCUUCACACGUAAUUACCUUUGUCACUUCAUCUCCUGCCACAAGAGUGGCAUUGUACGUGUAAUGAUGACAGAGGAGCUACCGGAACAGGCCACAGGACUCACUGAGAAGCCGCCAUAAUAUUUUUGUCAUCGAGGGGCUAAGUAUGUAAGCAAGGCGGAAAUGGUUGCUGUACUACUGGCUGAGUGUACACAAAGAUAAGUACUUAAGUAUGUCAAACCUUAGUGGAUUUUGACCGAGCGUAGGCAGUCGUCUCAUGCGCGCCCGCGAGCGGUCAUCUGAUGCGAAUUUCAAUUUCUUUUUACAUGAGAUGGUUGCACUAAAAAAUGAAAAACUAUCGAGACGACGAAGCUUGUUCGAGAAUGGUAAAGCGUAAGAUGUAAUGCUACUUGCAAAUUUCGAGAACAUCAAAUCUUGGAAUAGUUACAGGCGCGUCCGAUUCUUCUGAGUCAGAUUCUUCUGAUAUGGUAGCAAUUGCAAUUAGCAAUAAUUCUCUCGAGCUGCGCAUUAUUCUCAUGUGCAGCCGGCGUUCUACCCCCAACACCCAUUCGAACGAAACUCCUACCGCCUCAAAUCACAGUUGCGAAACCAAUGAAACCAAAAUUGCUGAAAACAACCCGAAUGUUUGAACCCUCUUCGCAAACCAUUUUACUUACACUUCCAUAUCCCGACUGAGUACCUCAAAAAACGAGCCAAAGACGUAUAAGCUGGUCGUGAAAAAGCUGCUUUACAACUACUCCGUUCUUCG